GCCUAAGGUAUGCCACACGAGUCGGUGUGUACUUACACGGAGGCUAGCUAGCGACGUUCAGAGACCGUGUGUCACAUCGUCCAAUGAGACAUUCAAUGUGUAUGUUUUCCUUAGGUGUAGCAUACUAGUGAAAUUAAUGUGUGAAUACGGUGUCAUAUGCCCUGGAAUACUGACGAUAUGCAAAAACGUUGCAUUUUCUAGGACAAAACUGGAUUAACGUAAAUUACAAAGCUGAAAUUUCAAACCUGACCAAUCAGAAUGCCGACUGAUGCAGAAAUUUACGGGUAUGGCACGUUAGCCAACAUUUUAUGCUGUCUGUGCUCCCUAGGCGGGGCAUUUGUGCUACCAUGCGCCAGGAAACAUCACAACGCGUAUCACGUGAUUUUGUCCGUAUUCAUGGGACUGGCUGUCGGCACUUUGGCUUCUGAUGCACUUCUCCAUCUCCUACCGGAAGCACUUUCCCUGCACGAUCACAAUGAAGAAGGAGAAGAUCACAUGGCCAACGACACACAUCACGAUGAUCAUGAUGAUCACGAUGAUCACGGUGAAGAUAUACACGUGGAACCGUACGUCUGGUACUGUCUCAUUGUGCUGACAGGUAUUUAUGCUUUUUACAUCCUGGAGGUUAUCAUGGCAACACUACACGCAAGAGGAACAACUGCCAAGACGGACAUAAUGGAUGGCGUGGGCAAUGGGUUCAGUGAACAAAAACCCGAAACAUUCCGAAAGCUUGACGAGAACCACCAGACUUCAUCUACGAUGGAAACCCAGAAAGAAGAAAAAGAGACACAAAAUCAUUAUGUAAAACCAAUAGUGGUGAUGAUUGUUAUUGGUGACGCUAUACAUAACUUCACAGACGGGUUGGCAGUGGCAGCUUCCUUCAACAGCAGCAUCGUAGAGGGAGUAUCGACGUCACUGGCCAUUAUAUGCCACGAGCUACCACAAGAACUAGGUGACUUUGCUAUUUUAAUGCAAAAUGGACUGAGUUUUAAGGAGGCGCUCAUAGCGAACCUUCUAUCGUCACUAACGGCCCUGUUAGGAUUCUUUAUCGGAGUGUCACUAUCUAAAGACGCUGGGGCCAGCCAGUGGAUCUUCUCUAUCGCAGCUGGUCUCUUUCUCUACAUCUCCUUGGUUGACAUGAUUCCAGAACUGAUCCGCACCGGGGCAGGUCGCCUGAGGACGAUAAUAUACCACAACAUUGGUAUCGUCAUCGGGAUUUUAAUUAUCCUCCUUCUGUCAAUAUUCGAAGACAAAAUACAUAUUUAGUUGUGACAACCUACACGGGACUUGUUUUUAUAGAGGAACACAUGGAGUGUACAUAUAACAUUUUACUCUAUAUAAAUAUCAUUUGUCGUCCUAAAUGACAUCAUUUCUUAUCACUUUUUUCUGUGUGACACGUUCUGUUGCUGACUAUAAAUCAGGGAGAACAGUUUCGCACCAGAUGUCAUGUUUGUUGAAUCCUUAAGGAGACAGUUUGUUCUCCUGAUUGGCCCACUCUUAUAAAUAUGUAGUAAAUCAUUCUGUUCUGGAUUCUAAAAGGUUCUUUACAUACUGGAGUCCUUUUAUCUGUAAGGUUAUAUGCACACUUUGGUGAGCAACAUUAAAAUACCAAGGUUCAGCUCUCGUCACACAAACCUUCGAGAAUUCGAUGUUGUCAUAACAUAUUUCAAGGCUGAAGGAAAAUACGUUCCUCGAGAGUGCAUGUUCCGUUGGAUUUAGAGAAAGCAUGUUAUGGGUCUGUUUUACCAACUUUUCAAAUGACCACAUCACCUGUAUGUAACAUCACAGAAACCAUAGUAACCAUCCAAUGCAACUGUUUACUCCACUCUAGUUGGGUAGUCAGACUUGGAAAUAAAUCCUAUCAGAAAUUGUCGUUGUUUUCACAAGAUCACGGUCACUUAGUGACUUUUGUUGUGAUAAGCUCUGAUCUGUGAUUAUUUUAAGACCAACAUAUGUCUUUACACAUAUGAUUAGGUUUUUACUGCGACAAUCAAAUUUGAUAAUAAUUUGCUCGUGGUGGAUUUCUGUUUAAAACAUCUGAUUAAUAAUUCUUAGCUGCUAAGCUAUGUUCGCGCUAAAUAAUACUGCAAAUUAUUAAAAAAUAGUAUUUUCAAGUUUAGUUCAUUUCCGUCCUUGUCUAGCAAAUCGAAUGACCUACACAAUAGUGCUGAUAAUGUAAAGUUGUACUUGUUGUGUCUUUAGCCCUCAUAUCAUCUAUAAUCUACCCUGCAAUAAACCGUAUAAAUAUUCUUAUAUGUUAUCAUUUUCUUAGACCUUCAUUUGUUGCAUAACGAUAUCCCUGUUCGAUUUUUGAUUUAAUAAGGUAUGUUACCAUACACAUCGUAUGUGUUACUUGUGAUAGAGUUACUUCCCUUUUGGAUCUUUUAAGAUUUGAUCAAGUAUUAUCAAUGCUCGAUAAGAGUUAAAUAACUAGUACCCAGUACCAUUCUAAAAGUCUAGUAGCAUUCUAAAAGUCCAGUACCAUUCUAAAAGUCCAGUACCAUUCUAAAAGUCCAAUGCCAUUCUAAAAGUAAAGAAAAUGUAACAUACGACACAGUGAGGUAGCAUACAUCCUUAACAUCAUAAUUUACUAUUAUUGAAUUGUUUUAAAUAUCAAAAUAUAUCAAACUGUUUGAUAAGUUCUGUUUAAGUUCCUUUAUGUUCCUCUUUGUUAUCAGUAGCAAUCACGUCGUCAUAUAUGAUAACUUUUGACAGAGACAUAGUAAUAUGUAGAGUUACAAAAGAAAGUGUCCUGUAUGAUAUUUAUUCAUCAUGUUUUCUUGGUUUAAAGGACUCAAAUUUGUGUUGGUAUAUCUGGGCCGAUACACCAAUAUGCUACAGUGAAUAUAUGAGUUUAUACCAAUGUUAUUGUACUCCUAUUAGGGUUUUGUCUGUGAUCUAAAAAUGUCGGAACACAAUGGAUAUUCCAUAGCAUACAGUGUAUAAUAAAUUGAGACUUUUGUUUUGUUUGUUUGUUUUAACAUUAAUUUCAGAUGUAUUGAUCACACGAUAUAAAAGUUGACUUACCAUUAGCUUAAAUAUUUCGUUUGCACAAGUUAUUUUUGCAAUUCAAAAUCGGAGUUCCAUGUUCCAUCAAGCUACGUCAUUGCAACAUUAUUAAAACAAAUUUACACCAUGACAUCAUUAAACUGUUCACAUUAUCACUUUCAAAAUUAGAUCCGGACCGAUUUCGUUUGAAUUACAAGUGUUUGUGUCAGUUUCCAUGUAAUGCCAUUCUGUCAGAUUGAUAAGCCGUGAAAGAAAACAAAGGUGUUAUCUUUUUCAUUGACGAUGACUUAGAUGAAAUCUCUCAGUAUUGCUAUUACAGAAGGACCAAUAUGUGUUCUGUAUGUAAUUAUUCUGUACUUUAAAGGUCAUUAAAUGACAAGUAUUUUAUUAACAAAAUCCAACUGAUAAAAUAUAUGCAAUAA